AUGCCCAGCCUCAAUGGAGAUCACACCCUCGACACUUUCGAUAAUGUCACUAUCCUACCACAAGGAAACUAUCUCCUUAGUUGCAUGACGCGCAUACGAAGCUCCGAUACAGAAUGCUCAGACUUUGUAGAUGCUUUCGAAAAGGUAGCAACGCAAUUGCUAAUGGCUGCUCUUGAUCAUGUGCCUUCAGAGCCGUUGAGUAUUUCAACGCCAACCGGGAGCACGUAUCAUGGCUGCUACCAGAGCAGGCCUGUAUGCGGAGUCAGUAUCCUGCGAGCCGGUUCCAGUUUUGAGAAUGCGUUACGCAAGGCCUACAGUGGUCCAUUAAGCUUUGGCAAAAUUUUGAUACAACGAGACGAGGCCACAAGUCUGCCACAUCAUUUGUAUUCAAAGUUACCACAGAACGUUGCUUCAACAACUGUCCUAAUCUUAGAGCCGAUGUUGGCAACUGGUGGGUCUGCUAUGAAGGCUCUAGACGUGCUGAAAGAAGCCGGGGUCAGCGAGGAGAAUAUGAUAUUCGUCAACUUGGUCGCUUCAAGGAAAGGAUUGACAAUUCUGCACAAAUGCUUCCCCGGCAUAAAGUUGGUCACAGCUGCAGUAGAUGAAGAUUUGACACCAUCCAACUGCCCAACACUCUUGGGCAUCGAUAUCCUUACUGAAGAGGAGAAUUCUUCCCACAGGCCUGUUCGAUCGUAUUGGAGUUUCGCUAACUUGGCUUCUCAGAGACAUUAUCUGUGCGUCGAGGUGGGAAAGACUCUGUCUGAUGCGGACGCAGAGUUUGAGCGAGGACUGGACGCGAUAGAAACAGCAUGCUCUGUGUCUAAUGACAUCGGUGGAAGCCACCAUGUUAAUCAGUCGUCGGAGAUACAUACCGUCAACGAGCCUCUAGGCGUCUGCCUAUCCAUAACCCCCUUCAACUUCCCGUUCCUUGUCCCUCUUUGGUCAAUACCCUAUGCAAUUCUCGCUGGCAACACUGUGAUUCUCAAGCCGUCUGAGAGAACACCGUCGGUGUCGCAAGCACUGGCCGACUGCUUCCUCCGAGCUGGAUUCCCACCGGGAGUGUUCAACGUCGUCAACGGUGGCUCUGGCGUGGUCAAUGCUCUUCUCGCUCAACCAAGCAUUCAAGCUAUCAGCUUCGUUGGCUCCGACAUUGCCGGCGAGCGCAUCACCGAGCAUGCUCGGGCAACGCGCAAGCGUAUCCAAGCCGAAUGUAACGGCAAGAACCACGGCGUGGUACUUGACGAUGCGUCCAAGAUGAAGUCUUUAUAUGCCAUUGCGGGAAGCGCAUUUGGCGCUGCUGGUCAGCGCUGCAUGGCCUUGAGUGUCGUCAUCUUGGUGGGAUCGACCAAGGACUGGCUUGAUGACCUGGUAAAGCUCGCACAAUCGCUUGUUAUUGGAUGCGGGCUUGACCCGGGGGUUGAAAUCGGCCCGCUCAUCUCCACAGAGUCAAAGAAGCGCGUUGAGGAGAUCAUCACCACUGCAGAGAAGGAGGGCGCGAAAGUAGUCCUCGACGGUCGCAACUAUAGCGUGCCCGAGUAUCCAGAGGGCAAUUUCGUAGGCCCCACUAUCCUGACCGACGUGAAGCCGUACAUGUCAUGUUACCAGGAAGAGAUCUUCGGCCCUGUUUUGUGCUGCAUGGAGGUAGAGUCCUUGGAAGAGGCGAUCGAGUUGAUCAACACGAAUCGAUCUCCAUCCGGACCAGUCUUGAGAACAGCAAACAAAGAUUCUUUCAUGGGCGAAAACACUGACACCUCAUAG